ACUUGUUUGUUCUAUCUGUUAUUAUCAGUUAAAUUAUAUUUAUAAUAUAAAUAUAUAAAUUAUAUUUAUAUCAGUGUAAUAUUACGUUAAAUGCUCAUAAUCUGAAAUGCUCGUUCAAUGAUAUAAUAAAUGUCCGUUCAAUAAUAUAUUAAAUGACAAUAUUGGAUAAAUAAUAAAUCUACGAAUAGGACCAUUCAACAAGAUGUCGUUUAAAGAUACAAAAAUAUUCUCGGCUGUCAUAGAAUAAACGAAAAAGCAUCAUUACGAAAAAAUACUCGAAGAAAUAUGGCUGAAAAAAUUGUUGGAUUUUCUCAAGAAACACUUGUCUCUCCAAAUGAGCAAAAAAUCAAAACAAAAAGGUUUCUACAAUACAUUGCAAGUUUAGCAGUCUCCAUAGGUGCAAUAGCAUCAGGAAUGUCAAUAUUAUGGACCUCACAAGCCGGUACAGAUGGUGUCAAUAUAGCAACCAUAUAUAAAAUUGUUGUUACCCCAGAAGAAUAUUCAUGGAUUGGAUCACUUGCAGCACUUGGUUCUGCAGUAGUGUGUGUACCUAUUGGUACUUUUGCAGAUAUAGUAGGCAGAAAAUAUUCUAUGCUAAUGCUUGUAAUUCCUUUUACAAUUGGUUGGCUUUGUAUCAUUUUUGCAAAGUCUGUCGCUUUUUUUUAUGUUGGAAGGUUCUUAACAGGUUUUAGCGGCGGAGCAUUUUGUGUAACAGGUCCUAUGUAUACCUCAGAAAUUGGUGAAAGUGAAAUUCGUGGAAGAUUAGGUACAUUUUAUCAUUUAUUUCAAAGUCUGGGUGUUUUACUGACAUCUGUAUUAGAUUUAUUUGACGUAAAUAUCUAUCAAUUAUCCAUUAUAUCUGGAUUCGUACCAAUAAUCUUUGGUAUAGCAUUUUCUUUCAUGCCAGAAAGUCCCGUAUAUUAUUUACUUAAAAGAAAUGAAGAUGCUGCUAGAAAAAUUUAUAUUAAACUUAGAGGUUCUCAAUAUGAUGUAGAACAAGAAUUAAAUAUGCAGAAAAAAAUGAUAGAAGAGGCUAAUAAAAACAAGGUAUCUUUUCUAUCUUUAUUGAAAUCUAAAGCUUGUAAAAAAGCCAUAAUAAUAUCGUAUGGACUUAUGGCAUUUCAACAAUUGAGUGGAGUAAACGCUAUUGUAGCAUACAUUGGUUUUAUAUUUGAGACAUCAGGUAACUUUAUUGGACCUAAGGGAGCUGUUGUUAUAAUAUCUUUAAUUUCAAUAUCUAUGGUAUUUGUAAGCUUAUUAACAGUCGAUCGUCUAGGUAGAAAGAUAUUACUUAUAAUAUCUAGUACUAUUAUGUCCUUAUCUAACUUAGCACUUGGUAUUUAUUUCUAUUUCCUGGAAACAUCAAGUACAGAUGGUCUAGCCUGGUUACCUUUCUUGUCUGUUGGUUCUUAUAUAGUUUCAUUUGCAAUUGGAUUUGGUCCUCUUCCGUGGAUGAUGAUCUCAGAAUUUUUUACGCCUGAAACCAAAGGUAUCGCUGGUAGUAGUGCUUGCUUAUUGAAUUGGAUACUGGCAUUUGUUGUCACUAAAACUUUUGUUAAUUUAAAUGAUAUUAUUCAUGUCUAUGGUACGUUUUGGUUUUUUUCCCUUAUUUGUGCUUUAAGUGUUGUUUUUGUUUUAUUCUUUGUCCCAGAAACGAAAGGAAAAACGUUAGAACAAAUUCAACGCGAAUUAACCGCAUAGUUAGGCAUUUAAAAAAAUUUGUAAUACAUAAAUUACAUUGUAGUAUAAAAGAUUAUACAAAUUGCAAAUCUGAUCUUUUUGUAAAAUAACUAUAAUACGUCUUAGACAAAUAAAUUUCUGUAUGCAAAGGUAUGCAAAGGGUUAUAAGUCAAAUUUUGGUUAAAACAGAAUAAAUACGCUAAUAUAUUCUA